CCGUAAGUGGCGACUAUGGGCAGACUGGGUUAUUGGACCCUGCUGGUGCUGCCGGCCCUUCUGGUCUGGCGCGGUCCGACGCAGGGCGCGGCGGCGGAGAAGGGCCCCCCGGCGCUGAACAUUGCGGUGCUGCUGGGCCACAGCCACGACGUGACGGAGCGCGAACUGCGAAACCUGUGGGGCCCCGAGCACGCAGCAGGGCUGCCCCUGGACGUGAACGUGGUGGCCCUGCUGAUGAACCGCACGGACCCCAAGAGUCUCAUCACGCAUGUGUGCGACCUCAUGUCCGGGGCGCGCAUCCAUGGCCUUGUGUUUGGGGACGACACCGACCAGGAAGCCGUGGCUCAGAUGCUGGAUUUUAUCUCUUCACAGACUUUCAUCCCCAUCCUGGGCAUCCACGGCGGCGCGUCUAUGAUCAUGGCUGACAAGGAUCCGACGUCAACCUUCUUCCAGUUUGGAGCGUCCAUCCAGCAACAAGCCACGGUCAUGCUGAAGAUCAUGCAGGAUUAUGACUGGCAUGUCUUCUCCUUGGUGACCACCAUCUUCCCUGGCUACAGGGACUUCAUCAGCUUCAUCAAGACCACGGUGGACAACAGCUUCGUGGGCUGGGACAUGCAGAACGUGAUCACCCUGGACACGUCCUUCGAGGACGCGAAGACGCAAGUCCAGUUGAAGAAGAUCCACUCUUCCGUCAUCCUGCUCUACUGCUCUAAAGAUGAGGCCGUCCUCAUCCUGAGUGAGGCCCGCUCCCUGGGCCUCACCGGGUAUGAUUUCUUCUGGAUUGUCCCCAGCUUGGUUUCUGGGAACACGGAGCUCAUCCCGAAAGAGUUUCCAUCAGGACUCAUUUCCGUCUCCUAUGAUGACUGGGACUAUAGCCUGGAGGCGCGAGUGCGGGACGGCCUGGGCAUCCUGACCACUGCCGCGUACUCCAUGUUGGAGAAGUUCUCCUACAUCCCCGAGGCCAAGGCCAGCUGCUACGGGCAGACGGAGAAGCCGGAGACCCCGCCGCACACGCUGCACCAGUUCAUGGUCAACGUGACAUGGGAUGGCAAAGACUUGUCCUUCACCGAGGAAGGCUAUCAGGUGCACCCCAGGCUGGUGGUGAUUGUGCUGAACAAGGACAGAGAAUGGGAGAAGGUGGGCAAGUGGGAGAAUCAGAGCCUGAGCCUGAGGCACGCCGUGUGGCCGAGGUACAAGUCCUUCUCGGACUGUGAGCCGGACGACAACCACCUGAGCAUCGUCACCCUGGAGGAGGCCCCCUUCGUGAUCGUGGAGGACAUAGACCCGCUGACCGAGACGUGCGUGAGGAACACCGUGCCGUGCCGGAAGUUCGUCAAAAUCAAUAAUUCAACCAAUGAGGGGGUGAAUGUUAAAAAAUGCUGCAAGGGGUUCUGCAUCGAUAUCCUGAAGAAGCUCUCCCGAACCGUGAAGUUUACCUAUGACCUCUACCUGGUGACCAACGGGAAGCACGGCAAGAAAGUUAACAACGUGUGGAAUGGAAUGAUCGGUGAAGUGGUCUAUCAACGGGCGGUCAUGGCGGUCGGCUCACUCACCAUCAACGAGGAGCGUUCUGAGGUUGUGGACUUCUCUGUGCCCUUCGUGGAGACGGGGAUCAGCGUCAUGGUUUCAAGAAGCAAUGGCACUGUCUCACCUUCUGCUUUUCUGGAACCGUUCAGCGCCUCCGUCUGGGUGAUGAUGUUUGUGAUGCUGCUCAUCGUGUCCGCCAUAGCUGUUUUCGUCUUUGAGUACUUCAGCCCUGUUGGGUACAACAGAAGCUUAGCCAGAGGGAAAGCACCCCAUGGGCCUUCUUUCACAAUCGGAAAAGCUAUCUGGCUCCUCUGGGGCCUGGUGUUCAACAACUCUGUGCCUGUCCAGAACCCCAAAGGGACCACCAGCAAGAUCAUGGUGUCCGUGUGGGCCUUCUUCGCUGUCAUCUUCCUGGCCAGCUACACGGCCAACCUGGCUGCUUUCAUGAUCCAGGAGGAAUUUGUGGACCAAGUGACCGGCCUCAGUGACAAGAAGUUUCAGAGACCUCACGACUAUUCCCCGCCUUUCCGAUUCGGCACGGUGCCUAACGGCAGUACCGAGAGAAACAUUCGUAAUAACUACCCCUACAUGCAUCAGUACAUGACCAAAUUCAAUCAGAAGGGAGUGGAGGAUGCUUUGGUCAGCUUGAAAACAGGGAAACUGGACGCUUUCAUCUACGAUGCAGCGGUCUUGAACUACAAGGCUGGGAGGGAUGAAGGUUGCAAGCUGGUGACCAUCGGCAGCGGGUACAUCUUUGCCACCACUGGCUACGGGAUCGCUCUCCAGAAGGGCUCCCCUUGGAAGAGGCAGAUUGACCUGGCCCUGCUCCAGUUUGUGGGUGAUGGCGAGAUGGAGGAGCUGGAGACACUGUGGCUCACCGGGAUCUGCCACAACGAGAAGAACGAAGUGAUGAGCAGUCAGCUGGACAUCGACAACAUGGCGGGCGUGUUCUACAUGCUGGCUGCUGCCAUGGCCCUUAGCCUCAUCACCUUCAUCUGGGAGCACCUCUUCUACUGGAAGCUGCGCUUCUGUUUCACCGGCGUGUGCUCCGACCGCCCGGGGCUGCUCUUCUCCAUCAGCAGGGGCAUUUACAGCUGCAUUCAUGGGGUGCACAUCGAAGAGAAGAAGAAGUCCCCAGACUUCAACCUGACCGGAUCCCAGAGCAACAUGUUAAAACUCCUUCGGUCGGCCAAAAACAUCACCGACAUGUCCAACAUGAACUCCUCACGAAUGGAUUCCCCAAAAAGGACCACCGACUUCAUCCAAAGAGGUUCCCUCAUCAUGGACAUGGUUUCAGACAAGGGAAAUCUGGUCUAUUCAGACAACAGGUCCUUUCAGGGGAAAGACACCAUUUUUGGUGACAACAUGAACGAGCUACAAACGUUCGUGGCCAACAGGCACAAGGAUGGCCUCAAUAACUAUGUGUUCCAGGGACAGCACCCUCUCACGCUCAAUGAGUCCAACCCCAACACGGUGGAGGUGGCCGUGAGCACAGAGUCCAAGGCGAACUCGAGGCCCCGGCAGCUCUGGAAGAAGUCCGUGGAAUCGCUGCGCCAAGACUCCCUGAGCCAGAACCCCGUCUCCCAGAGGGACGAGGGCACAGCAGAGAACAGGACCCACUCCCUUAAGAGUCCUAGGUACCUUCCAGAAGAGGUGGCCCACUCGGACAUCUCAGAAACCUCAAACCGGGCCCCGUGCCACAGAGAGCCAGACAACAACAAGAACCACAAGACCAAGGACAACUUCAAAAGGUCAGCGGCCUCCAAACACCCCAAGGACUGCAGCGAGGUCGAGCGGUCCUACCUGAAAACCAAAGCGAGCUCCCCCAGGGACAAGAUCUACACCAUCGAAGGUGAGAAGGAGCCCAGUUUCCACUUAGACCCCCCCCAGUUCGUUGAGAACAUGGCCCUUCCCGAGAACGUGGACUUCCCAGACCCCUACCAGGACCGCGAUGAGAACUUCCGCAAGGGGGACCCCGCGCUGCCGGCCAACAGGAACCCCCUGCACAAUGAAGAUGGGCUCCCCAACAAUGACAAGUAUAAAUUCUACUCCAAGCACUUCACCCUGAAAGACAAGAGCCCCCCUCACAGCGAGGGCAGCGACCGGUACCGACAGAACUCCACACACUGCCGGAGCUGCCUUUCCAACCUGCCCACCUACUCAGGCCACUUCACCAUGCGGUCCCCCUUCAAGUGCGACGCCUGCCUGCGGAUGGGGAACCUGUACGACAUCGACGAAGACCAGAUGCUCCAGGAGACGGGGAGCCCAGCCGCCCAGGAGGAGGUCUACCAGCAGGACUGGGCGCCGAACAGCACCCUGCAGUUCCAGAAGAACAAGCUCAGAAUCAGCCGCCAGCACUCCUAUGACAACAUUCUCGACAAACCAAGGGAGACAGACCCUAGCAGGCCCUCCAGGAGCAUAAGCCUCAAGGACCGGGAACGGCUUCUGGAGGGAAAUCUGUAUGGGAGUCUGUUUAGCGUGCCCUCAAGCAAACUCUCGGGGAACAAGAACUCCCUCCUACCCCAGGGGCUGGAGGACAGCAAACGGAGCAAGUCUCUCUUGCCGGACCACACCUCCGAUAACCCUUUCCUCCGUUGCCAUGGGGACGACCGACGCUUAGUCAUCGGGAGAUGCCCCUCGGACCCUUACAAACACUCGCUGCCGUCCCAGGCUGUGAAUGACAGCUACCUGCGAUCGUCCUUGAGGUCAACAGCAUCGUACUGUUCCAGGGACAGCAGAGGCCACAGCGACGUGUAUAUUUCGGAGCAUGUUAUGCCUUAUGCUGCAAAUAAGAACAAUAUGUACUCCACCCCCAGGGUUUUGAAUUCCUGCAGCAAUAGACGUGUGUACAAGAAAAUGCCUAGUAUUGAAUCUGAUGUUUAAAACCUUCCAUUAAUGUUUUAUCUAUAGGGAAACAUACGUAACGGCCGACGUUCUGGAGGGUAAAUGUCGGAUGUCCGAUGGUGCCCUGCAAAGAGGAAGAGGAUGUAGGAAGGUAUUUUUUUUUGUUGGUUCUUUUGCACAUGGCUCCGCGCCAUCGUCUUCCCCUCGAGGAAUCUUCUGAAGUGUGUGCUGAGCAUGGCAGAUAUCGGAUAGGUGAGUCCUUAACCAAAAAAAAACAAAAAACAAAAGCAAAUAAUAGGGCAAGUCUCCCGGACGUGCCCUCUAGGUAUGUUGGCAAUAACGAUGCGUCAGAUGCCAGUGGUGAUGUUAUGAUUUCCUAUAUUCCAAGUUCCAUGAAGACCAGUCCACCAUGUGAUUUCCUCAUCGAAAUGCCUAACGGUCUCCCUCAUACAGAAUAAGCAAUAUGGUAUGCAUGUAAACCUGACACAAAGCAGUUACGAAUGCGUCUGCACCGUAGCGAGAUGGACGUGCAAGAGAUUAGGAAGUUUGGCUUUGUAACCGUCUCAGCUUUAUUGUUAUGCCUCCCAUUACUGCCCAGGCCCCACCCCAGAACCAACCCCAGGCUCCCCCACCCAAAGAAUCGCAGAUCCGUGUGUGCACAGUAACCAUGCCACCUUCACUAGAGUCCAUUUCCAAGACACAUCUGGAGGAAAAGGCCAGGAGGGCCCUCAGGCCGGGAGCUACGAGAAUCUCUUUGGAUAUCAACUCUUGUGUUCCACAGACACUCCCUCACCCUUGGCUUCGAUGGUCUUGUUCAGAGCUGCACAAGCCAAUACAUGUACGUCUCCGAUACCUAAUUUGUGGAUCUGUCUCUGAUACAGAGGCUAUUGUAGUCUAUCCCGAAGACGCCUGUGUACGUGAGUUUGCGUUUCCCCCCCUUCUGGUGACGACUCAGGGUUGUAUAGUAUCUGUUACCCCUUCCCUCCUAGAGUGACCGUAACUCGUUCACUCCCUGAACAGCCAUGGUGGCAUCUAAGUGUGCGUCACUGUUCCCAGAGUUGUGAAUGUGGCGGCAUGCGCCACAGCCCCACGUGCACCGUGAUCCGUAGGAAGUACAAUGCCAUUUGUCCACUGAAGGCUAGCAUGCUUUUAGGUUAAUCAUCCUUAACCUCAUGAGAUUCAGUUGGACGCUCAUUUCCACCCCAACCUCCUCAGAUCAAAAGCCUUCAAAACAUGAGAGACACUCAUGCCUCCACCCUGAGCAUCCUCCAAAAUCGUGGAUAAACUUUAGUGGCAAAAGUGAUUUCUCUCUUCUGAAAUAUUCACUCAACUGGAGGCAAACUGCUUUAUGAGCACCGACAAAGAUCGAUGACAAAUUCCCCCGAAGCAUUUGUCAUUUCCGAGCCACCCCCAUUGUCCAAUUCUUCCUUUACUCAGGUCUGUGUGUGUGUGAUAUGAAAUGAUAUGCGUUUAAAACCACUGGGGGGAGAGGGGAAUCUGCAGCAUCAGAAGCUAUUAGCACAGUGCCUGGCACACGCAAAGGGCCCCCCAAAAUGUGGUUGUUAUGACACUUUAUCAGAUCAGAAUUUUAUAGUUAAAAAAUUAAAUAUUAUAAAACCCACAAACUAUAUGCAUUGCACACUCUAUAUAGUUCUAAGUUAGUGCAUUUUACAUUCAUUAAUGUCCCUGAAAUUUCUGGGAUAACUCGGCCUCAGGUUCUAUAGAGUAGCUGAGUCUGUUUGAUGACCCGCGGUAGGAACCCUAAGCUAACAAACUAGCGCAACGGUCUUCUGGCUUGUUCCUGCGUUUUGCUUUGGGUUCUUAGAGAAGGGGACGGAGGGGUAGGUUAAAAAGCUACCUGGUUUCUUUUGCCUGUAGCAUGUUGUGUCUCGUAAGUAGUGUUUUCCUGUGAGGGGUGGGGGCCAGGAACCUAUCUUCUAGAGCUUCAAGAUUAGUGAAUGGCUCCAUCAUUGGCCAAGUACACCCAGCAGUGAGGGGCAGUGGGGGCAGGACGUUUCAGGGUCAUCGGUGGGGAGGCAGAAAGUCCUCUUAUCCCCUUCGAGGUUGAGAGGCAGAUGGGGCUGGCUAGGCACUGAAGACAAACGUAGACAAACACUGUAUUUUCUUUCAUGGAUGGUACGUUUCUGCUUCCCAAAGACCCAACAAUGGAGAAGCUUAGAGCUUCACCCCCAUUUCCAGUCUUAGGCACAGCCCUGACUGUAUUGUCUGCCUCUGGCCUCCCUGUACUUUCCACACCUCCAUUUCCCCAGCCAGGAUCACCUCAUUCCCUCACAAGGCUGGCAUGUCAUGACAUGAAAUGAAUUUAAAAGUCUCCCCAGCACACACAGCAGUGGUAGGUCAUCAAUCCAAAGAGGCUUUCUGUCUUCCUCCCAUGUCCUCAAAACCCAGGGGGGCUGCCAAAUGUGACAGAGCCCUCCAGGGAGACGGUGAAUUACACUCAAAAUGUUCCAUGGAUCAAAAAUCUUCUUUCUAACAACAGCAUUAUUUCUGCUGUUAACCCCAUAUUUGUCUAGAGAAAGAAACUAAAAAUGGGACUUUUGGAAGAACCAACAGUAACAUAGUGAAAAUAAGAACUGCUUCCUUUAAUACCCAAAGUGUUUUUUAAAAACAAUGAGGACUGGACGUAACAAAUGCUUCAUUUCCCUCCCUUCCCAAUUCAUUGACUCUUAACUGUGAUGAUCGCAAAUAUCAGAAAAUGGACUGUUGAUCAGAUGGGCAAUUUCCAAGAGAAAGAUAAUGGUGUGAAGCUAUUCGAAGGUAAUCCAGUCAGUUCUGUUCUUAGAAGAAGAAUAUCAAGACAGAAGUAGAAAGCCCUCGGCUCUGGAUACAUUACAGAGGGUCCCUCUGACAUCGCAGCUUGAGAUGUGAGAUCUCAAAGAGCCAGAAUCUCUGAACCCAAAUUUGUGCCCAGGUUUCGCCUGACUCAAGUCAGAGCUGGCAUCCACCAUGAUACUUUGGCAACCCUACAUGGCCUUCUCUACUUGAGAGGGAUCCCCAUGGUGCAUCUAAAUACAGAUGCCCAUGUUUUCGUGGACAGGUUACAGCAUACAUAUGCCCAACUUACAACAGUCUGUGGAAGAGGAGAGCCUUCUAAGGCAUGAAUUCUACCCUGGAAACCUCCGCGUUCCUAGAAAACAGUCUCUCUGUCCUUACACCUGCAGGGUGUUUCUGGUGACAUUUCUUAAGAGGUACGGGAUUAUGAUCUCCCCAUUCUGUCCUCUGCAAAUCUCACUUGGUCAUUACAGCCAGUGGGUCUCGCCAGUGAGUGGCUGAUUAUAUGUGCUUUCACCUUCCUGUUGCAGAGAGCCUUAGAAGUUUUCAUCCUCGGCUGUUCUGAUGAAACCGAUCAUGGCAGCAAAAAUCAGUCAAAUUGAUUCACACUUAUUUUCAAGGGAGAAACAAAAAAAUUACACCUUGUUUACAAAUGAAAUAGUUUCACUUAAAUGGGACUCUAGCCAAAGCAGUUAAUUAGUCAACAGAUCCAUAGCAUUCACACAGCCCCACAUUGUUUAUUCUAUUUGAUAUGUCUGCCACUGAUGUGUGUUUAAUAUUCCGCGUCCUUCUCAGGAAAUGACAAAUGCCCUGAAUUCUUGGCAAAUAGAAUUGCUAAUGAAAAAGGAAAAAAAAACCAAAGUUGGUGUUAAUUAAAUGGUGAUUAAAAAUUUAUCUCCUUUAAACCUAAAAAGUACAGCUCUAAUAAUCAGUUGCCGUAUAAAUAAAUACCUUGCACAGAAAUCCCUCACGGUACAAGGCCUAAAUAAAUACAAAUUUGAGAAACCGAAAUAUCUUUCAGAAGAGCUGAACAUAUCUGUUAACUGCAGGCGCAUCCCUUUAAGGUUUCUUCGUGCAGAGCUGUCGUUCAGGGAUCCUUGCAAAGGGGACAUGUGCUGUGUCUGAAACAGAGCCUGAAUGUGUUUGCCUGCAGUGAUCACGGGCAGAGUUGGGAGUUCCAGGGGGAAAAUGGUGUGCGUGGCAACAAAACUCAUCGGUCGGUAUUUCAUGGGAGUUCAGAGUUCCAUGCAAAGGUGGUCUUCAACACAAAAUCAGUGUUUAUUUCCAACUGAGACAAAAUUAGUCCUUCUGGAUGCCCCCUAUUCUUUUGGUAAACAGGGUUGGAAGUGCUGAAAGAGGUUUGGUGGGGUCUCUACCAACAUUUGGUUGUGCUUUUUCAUUCAACCCCUUCCCAUCAUGCCGUGUUCACAUCUACUCCUAUCCGAUGAGGUCAGCUCGCCACUUGAUAAGACAUCGGAGGUGAUAAAAUGCACUUAUCCUGUGAAUACCAAUGCUCGUGUACACAUGUACAUACUAUAUACAUGCUUGAUUUCUACACUUCACAACUAAGUGUAUUAUCCAAGUAACACUGUACAUAAUGUAAAGUUUAUGUUAAAAAUUAAAUGAUGAUGAUGGUUAUUGAUAGGCGGAAAACCCAUUCUGGUUAUGAGUGGGGUGAUAGGUAGGAAGACAGGGCACUAUUUAAAAAAAAAAUCUCAGUUCCAGGGAGGAGGGCCGGGCCCGAGUGGAAUUUGGGGGUUGGUGUUCUUGGACUCUGUUCAAAUAUGGUAUCUGGGGUUAGGAGCAUAGCACUUGUUCUGCCCACAGUUACUUCUGAAGACAACGCUGAUACGGACAUGUGUGAGGGUUCUGCAAACCCAUCAAAGGGCAUCUCCCUAAUCGUCUUCCCCAUCCUCCCUUGUGCCCCUGGAAGUACUCUGGAUUUGGCAUCAGCUGAAGGUGCCUGCCCAGAAGGGUCUUAGAAAAACAGAACUUAUCGGGCCACACCAAGAUUUGGGGGAAGGGAGGUGAGAAAAUUAAGAGCUAAGGAAGCUCCUGAAAGCGCAUGAUCUGUAUAAGAUGGUCGGAUAGACAGUAUCAGAGCCGGGUCUAGAAACCAAGACCUACACACACGGUCCACUUAAUUCCUCACCUGGUUCCCUUGACCAGGCCGACUCAGUUCUAGGCUUCUCUCAAAAGUGGUCCCCGGGUGCCUCUGGGAGAAGAGCCUCACAGAACUGACCCCACUUUCUUUGCCUCUUGCCUUACACAGACCCAUACAUCCCCCUUUGAAUUUGGUGGUCCCUUAAUCUCGCCAACACCCCCUGCCUCAGAAUCCUGGGAAAGACAGAACUUUUCUCAGAGACCUGUUCCCUGCGAAGAGUCAACAUGGGAUAUAGUUUAAAACUUCAAACCAAAGAUGAAAGCUGGUGGUGACCAUGGAGAUAACAGAGUCCUCUUUCUCAUGAGCCAAGGAUGAACAAAGGAUACUCAUCACUUCAUAGCACGUGACUGUGUAUCUAGUCUCCUUCUACGGCCAACUUGGGGUUGGGAGGGACAAAGGUGACAAAGUAUCGUCUCUUCCCAUGAGCAGCUUAGGGUCUAGAAAUUCAGCUCCCUAAGACAAAAGAUAACUGAGGACCCAUGACAUGCCAACACAGGCUGAGCAUAAAAACUGGACAUGAUAAAUCAAGUUCUUUCCAGGAAAUAAAAAUCCCACUUUUUCCAUGAUCAAACAAACAGACCCAUCCUUCCUUAGACCUGUAAGUAACUUUGGACAACACAGUGCUCCUUGAGACACCCUUGACGAUUUUAACCUUCAAAGACAGAGCCUGGGAAAUCCAGGAGCAUCUGAACAGGGGCCAAGACUUGCCCUUCCUCAUUUGAGUGCAGGAGACGCAGGUCUGGUUCCAUGAGGUUCUCUAGCUCUUGCCAAAUCCUGCCUCCUCCCAGCCCAGCUUUAUGACAUGGGCUUCAAGAAAAAGGUUGGAAGAAAUCCUCAAAGGAUUAGAAAAUAGACUGCAAUGUAGAAAAGCUAUUUCCUGAAAUUUUGUUUGGUUUUAUUUUUGACUUAGGAAGAAUACUCUCGAUAGUUCAGGGUAUACAUGUAUCAGGGAAGGGAGUGGGAAGAAUUCCUUGUUGAGUCCCAAGUGCCUACUGUGUGGCUGACAAAAGAGAGUGAGUGCCUCAGGUUCCUGGACAAAGUGGGGCAAAGAGAUGGCAAGAGGAAUCAGAUUGUUUCAGGAAUCUGGUGGGGUCGGGGGAGGGAGCUUCAUUUCUCUGUCCAUCCCAUUCUGUGCACUGCGAGCAUGUGAGAUUCUCUGCUUGUCCCAGUGACGUGCCUUGGGUCAGCACCUGAGUUUGGAAAUACCAAAAUGUCUCCACAUGGAGUGUAGACUGUAGCCUAGACAUAUCCUAGAAUGAGAGCCUCAACAUACCCAUAGAACAGAAGUAUGGUACAGAUAUGGAAACUGGGGCUCAGGUUGGUCUCAGCCUCCUCGGCAACAGGAAUUUUGGUAAUAAACCCCUAAAGUUGGGCGUAUUGAAGUGCCUGAUCUCUGCCAGGGAGGUCAGAAUAUAAGUCGGAAAGACAAAUGUGCUGUUUUGAGGUCCCCAGGGUUCUCUCUUGAGUUUCAGCCUCUGCGGGGAAGAGGUCUGUAGUGUCCUACCCCCUGUCUGGUGGGGGGCGGAUGGAGAACCCCUGGGGAUCUCACCUCUGUUCAGGUCCCUUCUGAGACUCGAAUGCUGUUUUGUGUCUCCCCGAACGCUUGCACUUGGCAUUCGCUUUUUUUGGUUCUGGGGGAGUUACUGUCUCUCCUUAGCAUGUGCCUCGUUUCCACUAUCCCCUUUCCAAAUCUCUCUUCUUUUUCUCAGUAGACAUCAGGGUUCAUGCCAUUCAACAUGGGCAAAAUGUAUUCUCUCAACGUGUGUGCGGGCACACAGGCUGCCCCAGGGCCCCCCGUUCGAACUCUCCCCAAACAUGAUGAGCCAUUUUCAGAAAGGUCCUGUUAGUUCAAGUGACUGUCUCUGCAGUGUCAUCACUGACACAAAGAUAACUAUUGAACCACCAAGUGUUCCGUUUGCCUUCUUCAAGAGUGUCAACUCAGAAUGUUUCCAGCGGGCUCCCUGGGAACGACAGCGUGCAUUAACGCAUCGGGGAGGCCGAGACACCGAGCCAGUGCAUUCCUUUUCUGCACGGCUACUGUGUUCUGAGCCGCAGCCAAGCAGGCGUUGAUGUGUGCCGUGAGCUGGGGACACAUUACAUCCAUUUUGUAGAUGAGGAAACUGAGCCAGGAUCCGAAGGAAUAUUCUGGGAGGUUCUGCGAUUCGGUCCUUCCGGAGCGUCAGUUCGUCUAAACGGGCACCCUUGUCCUUAUCCCUGAGAAAUUCUCAGGCUGUGUACAAUCUGCCGAGCUGGCAGUCAAAAGUCUUUUAAGACAGAACAGUUACUAUUAUUUAAUAGCUAUUGUGAGAUCCUGGCGUUGGUUCUACAAGGGCACGAAACAUUCUCCCCGGGGAUGUUGAGCAGUGCAGAAACUAGAGCACUCCGAAGAGCCAUCCGGCUGGAAGGGGCUCUUCUGGAGGUUGCAUUUGAAAUGCACUCAGCUCUCCAGGGUGCCAGAACCUUCGGUCGCCGAUAGGAGUCGUUUCUCAGAUUAACAUCCUCAAAUAAAGUGAUGGCAGUGUGCAGAGACAAACAAGGCAAAACUGAGAUGAUCACUCAUAUAAAUCCCUCUUAGGUACCAGGUCCCUGAAACAAGAAGUUUGCAUUUUUUGCAGUUCUAGAACAUUCCUCAUUAGCAGUAGCCCUGGGUCAUAACCUCCUCCAGUUAAUUCUCUCACACCUUUGGGAAGGAAUUAAGAUGAACCUUCAAAAGAAUACUAACGUAACACGUAGCCAAUACCACAGCUGCCUUUUAAAUUAAUAAGGUUAAUUGUUCUCCAGCAAACAUGAGUUUGUCUUCGGCAUUUUGAAUGCUUCUCAUUGAUCUGACAUUUUGCUGUUUCAAGCUUUUAAAGGGCUCAAAUCAAAGACUAUUGAUAUCUGAGCAAAUAGUGAAGGUCCAGAAAUAUAAAAACAUUGUCAGUUUCUCCAUGAAAAAUAAUCAUAGCCUUUUGAAUUCAACUGAGGUUUUUACAUUACAUUACAUCAAAGACCUAUCAAAUUAUUUCUAUUCUCAGUUAAGCUAACUCAAAUAAAUGAGGAGUAUUGACUUUUUAAAACUAUUUUAUUUAUUUAAAAAAAGGUUUAUUAGGUUUGUGGACACAGCUCUGAAGCCAUGGCCACUAAGGAAAUGUUCCAGUUUAGAAACUGAAGAUUCAGACUAUUUGGGGUCAAAUUCAGGUGAUCAUCUUUGAAAAUCCUGGUGGAUUUAUAAAGAUGAAAAUGGCACUUUAACUGUCUGUCCCUCCCACAGUUUUCCCUAGGAAAGGAUGCCGGUUGCUUUUUUUUUUUUUUCCCCCAAAUUGGAGAUAAGGCCAAGAAUAACAUUUUCAUAGAAAAUUCAGGAAAUUACUGGGUACAACCAAUUACAUGGCUAGAUGUGGCCCAGAGGCCUUCCAAGCCUGAUGUUCCUUAAAGAUUUCUGUUAUUCUUGAGCUAUGAGUGUUACCCUUGUCCCUUCCACUGCUAAAACUAAUUUAAAACCAUAUACGUGCCAAAUCAUUCGUCAGUAGAAUUUACUGUUUAUCAGAAAAGGAUGUUUGUGCAUAUGUGUUUAUGUAUAGUAUAUAUAUUUGAAGCUGAAUAUUCAGAACGAAUGUGGUGAGUUUCGUGGGUAGCUUGACUAAGAACUAGAUCAUCAGAGUCACCGACAAUGGCCUUCUCAGACAGACACAGAAGGUAAACUAUUCAUCUUUCAGACAUGUGAUAACCUCUGGCGUAAAUACACAGGCUGGUCAUUUACCCAUAAGGAGGGACUGGGAUUAAGCAGCUUCGAAGACCCAUGUCUGAGUCCAUCUUUCACCCAACAUGGGCAGGAUCAAACACUCCAUGUGCAGAGGGUUUCCCAUUCACAGUGACAGCCAAACCCAGUCCAAAACACCCCCAUCAGAACUGGCUUGAUCUCUUGUAUGGUGGGGCCCAAAGCAAGCUGUGUGCUCCAUCAAUGGUCCUCAUUUGGGAAUAGACACUCACUUACCAAUCCCAGCAGUUUAUACCUGUCAUGUUUUAAUCAACCGCAUGAGGAAGUGCUGAUAACUGUAUUAAAUAUUUCCAAGCAUAGCUACAAAAUUACACGUUUGCUUAACACCUUUCUAUGAUAGAGGAAGUACAUACUAUGGUUGUCUUCUUGUAGUACGUCUUUUCUUUUUGUUCAACGUGUUCUCAACUGUUUUAAGGAAUGGGGUUUCAAACUGUGUGUGCAAACUGAUAUAUGUACAUAACUCCCGAGGCAACAGAAGUGCCCAGUCCUAAUGGUGUAAAAAUGUAAAUACAGGAAAAUUUCAUUUUUCUAAUAAAGAUAAUUUCUGCCGAUUGAUAUGAAAACGAGAAA